UCCACGAUCAUGCGCGAAUCUCGAAGGAAUCCCCUCUCCCUUGCCGGCCAGGUCUCGGAUUCUCAUAGGUAUAGGGAGCUGUUUUCUGUCGCGACAUGGCGGGAUCGAAGCAGCCUAUUGAGUACUGGGCCAGCCCAAUCCACUGACUCAAACCCACGUGACCACGCCGUCAUCAGUGUCUAGAGGCGGCCGUUAGAUCUUCCGUUCGACGAUCAUGCAUGAAUUCUGCUGCUCUCGCUCAUCAAAUGCCAAGUGUCGAACUGCCUUACGAGCAGGAGGCUGUUUCCUGUCUCCCGAACCAAAUGAGGUUGUGGGCCAGCCCAAUCCACGGACUCGAACGCACGUGACCAUCACACGCCGUCAACACGGUCUCAAGAUGGCCGUCGGAUCUUUCGUUUCGCGGUCGCGCACGAAGAUCGUGGCGCCCACUUACCUACCAGCCGUCGGACUACCGUACGACGAGCCGGCCGCUGUUUCUUGUCGACCGGGUCUCACCGGAAGUGUCGCUGUUCUUUUGGGAAUGCAUUCAGCGACGGGGGUUGAGGGUUCAGCGUCGCUCUGCCUCAACGAGUUCUUCCGACUCAUCGAUCGAUUACUUGCAGGGGAGAGUUCGCAGCGAAGAUGUUUAGGCGAUUGUCCAAAAAGUAAGGACAUUUCGUUGAUCCUGAAGAGUUACGGAUCUUUGAUCGUUGGGGUUCCAUCUGUGACCUCGUCUCUAAGUUUGUUUCUGGAUUCCGUACUGGUUUCUCUAAGAAAGGUGGUACCUUUGUGAUUGUUGAGUUCUGUGGAUCCAUCCAUAGUCAUGGACAAGGAUAAGUCGCCAGCACCUGGCGGAGGCGGAGGUGGAGGUAGUGGUCGUGGUUUGCCGCCCCAUUUGCCACGAUACUCCCCCUUUGGUUCCCCUUCGAGCAGUUUCAGCUUUAUGGGUGAUCUCUCAGCCUCUUCUUCUUCUCAGCCAUCUUCGAAUUCUGGUCAUUUUGCUUACGAGACACCAUCUGAUGCUCGGCGGUUCAGCUAUGAUGUCAGCCGGAUGCCUGAUUUCCCGCAAAGGAAUGCUGGUCACCGUAGAGCACACUCAGAAAUACUCGGCCUCCCAGAUGAUAUCAGCUUUGAUAGUGACCUUGGUGUGGUGGGGUCGCAUGGUGGACCAUCGCUGUCUGAUGAGACUGAGGAGGACCUCGUUUCCAUGUACAUCGAUGUGGAAAAGUUCAGCUCUGGUGCUACCUCUGCUGCUCUGUCGAUUGGUGAGGUUUCACAGUCUGCUUUGCCUCCCGUUCAGGCUCCUCUUCAGGGUGAGAAUGUGGCAUCGAGUUCGAGUGAGAAGCCAAGGAUAAGGCAUCAGCAUAGCCAAUCUUUGGAUGGAUCUACUGCAAUCAAGUCAGAGUUCCUGCUGUCUGGUGGGGAAGGACCAUUAUCUGCAGAGGCGAAGAAAGCCAUGUCAGCUGCAAAACUUGCAGAACUGGCUCUUGUUGAUCCAAAGCGCACAAAGAGGAUCUUGGCCAACAGACAGUCAGCUGCAAGAUCAAAAGAAAGGAAGAUGCGAUACAUUGCUGAGCUUGAGCGGAAGGUGCAGACUCUACAAACUGAAGCAACAACAUUGUCGGCUCAACUGACAAUGCUACAGAGAGACACCAAUGGCCUAACGGCUGAAAAUAACGAGUUAAAACUGCGAUUGCAGACCAUGGAACAGCAGGUUCACUUACAGGAUGCACUGAAUGAGGCUCUAAGAGAAGAGGUUCAGCACCUGAAGCUGGCUACAGGCCAGAUGCUACCAAAUGGUGGACAGUCAACAAACACCAUUCCACCUUCCCUUGGGGCAAAUCAUCAAUUUUACCAUCAGAAUCAAGCGAUGCACUCUCUCCUGGCAGCCCACCAAUUUCAGCAACUCCAGAUCCAUUCUCAGCAUCCACAACAGCUGCAGCCAUCACAUCAGAUUCAGCCGCCGUCAUCGCUGCAGCAUUUACACACCCUGCAGCCACAGCAGCAACCACCCGCAGACCUAAGAAUGAAGGGAUCAUCGACUUCUCAGAACCAACGUGGGGAGGCCACAUCGGACAACAACAGUGCUCAAGAGUAAAAUGGUUUGUGCUCCAUAGCUAUCUAAAUCCUAUCCAUGAAGUAUCGCCUGCUUGUUUCUCGUUGGUUAUAGUAUCUGAACCAUCCAAAGCAACUCAGAUUUGCCGACGAUGAAUGUGAUUAUCUAUUUGUAGUCGGUCCUCUUGGUUAGUAUGUAAGCUAUCAUGGUUGGUAACUUGCAGAAUUCAUGCUUGGCAUCUGAAUGAAAAUUAAUGCUCUUGCUGAGCUAUUUCCCAUGGUGGUACAACCGGGUAACUUGCAGAUUGGAGCUUGGAGCCUCAGCUAUUCCAUUUCACAUAUUGGAUCUUUGGUGUGUCGGGAUACAUUUGGGUCGAAACAAGUUGAUGAUGUUGCAUCAUUUUUAAGCCCCUCCCUCUAUCAUUGUUCUGACGGUACCAAUAUAAAAGAGG